UAUUUAAGCUCGGAGUAUUCUGGAAGAGGGCCCGUGAGUUGCAUGUUUAACCUCGGCCGCCGGGUGGCAGCAACGUGUUCCGAAAGAGCACUUGGCCAGAGUGAGGGUGACGCCGUUCCCAGGCGCCUCCCACUCUGUGGCAGCCACCGCCGCCGGUUGCCGCACCCGGUGAGCGCCGAGGUCUGGCACAAGACAAGCACUUCGAGUCCUUGCUUCUCUGCCCGUGCCAUCCUCCCGGCCGGGGGACCCUUCCCUCUCCUUUCUUCCACGGGCUCAAGCCAUGCCUGCUUCAGGAUAUUGCCAGGAUGCUGGAAAAAAAAGGGAAAUCCAUCCUAUAGACUAGACCACGGAGACCACAGAUAACUCCGGGAGCCCUGUGAAGGAAGCCGUGGCAUUUAUUUGUCGUGAGCACCGGCGUGGCCAGGAUGGGCCGGCACCGGGGUUGCGAGUCCUCCGCUCCAAACUACAACUCCCGGGAGGCACCGGGUGCCCACAGUCCACGCGACGUCACAGCGGCAGAGGGCGAGGUCAGCUCCGCUAGCCCGGCCCGUCGACUGUUGGGCCCUUAGGCGCGGACCCCGGCCCUGGCUCUAACCCCACGAUGGGAGCUGCUCCCUGGGGGCUGAGCUUGUCAGCAUCCUGCAACGGCCCUCGACCCUGAAGUUAGAGAAGAGCCCCUGCUCACCGGCAUCCCCCUUGCCCCGUUUUGGGGUCGCCUCCGUCUAUCCGGUCCUUAGCCCUAGUGGCCGGCUAGUCCGACAAAGGAGCAGGACGAUGAUCCUGGCGUCGGUGCUGGCCAGUGGCCCCCGGAGCCGGCCUCCGCUCCGUCCCUUCCUGGGACCCGCACUCUUGCUCCGGGCCCGCUCCACCUCAGCCACGGACACGCACCACGUGGAGAUGGCGCGGGAGCGCUCCAAGACCGUCACCUCUUUUUACAACCAGUCGGCCAUCGACGUGGCAGCGGAGAAGCCCUCAGUCCGCCUCACUCCGACCAUGAUGCUCUAUUCGGGCCGUUCUCAGGAUGGCAGCCACCUUCUGAAAAGUGCCCGGUAUUUGCAGCAAGAGUUGCCAGUGAGGAUUGCUCAUCGCGUCAAGGGCUUCCGCAGCCUUCCUUUCAUCAUUGGCUGCAACCCCACCAUACUGCAUGUGCACGAGCUGUACAUCCGUGCCUUCCAGAAGCUGACAGACUUCCCUCCGAUCAAGGACCAGGCAGAUGAGACACGAUACUGCCAGCUGGUGCGUCAGCUGCUGGACGACCACAAGGACGUGGUGACCCUCUUAGCUGAGGGCCUGCGUGAGAGCCGGAAGCACAUAGAGGAUGAGAAGCUCGUCCGCUACUUCUUGGACAAGACACUGACGUCGAGGCUUGGGAUCCGCAUGUUGGCCACACAUCACCUGGCGCUGCAUGAGGACAAGCCUGACUUUGUCGGCAUCAUCUGUGCUCGUCUCUCGCCAAAGAAGAUUAUUGAAAAGUGGGUCGACUUUGCCAGACGCCUGUGUGAGCACAAGUAUGGCAACGCCCCCCGCGUCCGCAUCAAUGGACACGUGGCUGCCCGAUUCCCCUUCAUCCCUAUGCCCCUGGACUACAUCCUGCCCGAGCUGCUGAAGAAUGCCAUGAGAGCCACGAUGGAGAGUCACCUCGACACUCCCUACAACGUUCCGGAUGUGGUUGUCACCAUCGCCAACAAUGAUAUUGAUCUUGUCAUCAGGAUCUCCGACCGGGGCGGAGGAAUCGCCCACAAAGACUUGGACCGAGUCAUGGACUACCACUUCACCACAGCCGAGUCCAGCACCCAGGACCCCCGCAUCAACCCCCUCUUCGGCCACCUGGACAUGCACAGUGGUGGCCAGUCAGGACCCAUGCAUGGCUUUGGCUUCGGGCUGCCCACGUCACGGGCCUAUGCGGAGUACCUGGGAGGUUCUCUGCGGCUGCAGUCCCUGCAGGGUAUCGGCACAGAUGUCUACCUGCGGCUGCGUCACAUUGAUGGCCGGGAGGAAAGCUUCCGCAUCUGACCCCACAGACCAUGACUCGCUUGCCUGCCCGACCUGGGCCACACACCCUGCAAGGACCUGGGCCGGUUAGGGUGCCACCCUGCUCCACACUCUGCUGCAUCUUGGGUCUUAGGACCCCAAACAAAUGGACUUCCAAGGAGCCGGUGCCAGCUCAUCAGGGAUUACUGCUUCCCUGACUCCAGGCCUGAGAGGGGAGGACGUGGGGACCCUUGAGGCCUCCAGCACCAGCUCCAUCAUUCUCGUUCCUGGGGAACCCCAUUUUGACCUGCUGUUUAUUAAAGUUCACAUUUUUGAAUGCCCUCUUGGGCCCCGUGUGUGGACAGGGCAGG